AUGAUCCAGCGGCACCAGCUGGUGCAGUCUGUGCUGCAGGAGCUGCAGGAAGCCACCGAAUGCUUUGGACUGGAGGGUCUCACCAGUGCCGCGCUGGAGGCGGAGAGGACUCUGUCAUCUUUCUCCCUACCUGGCUAUUGCGGGAGACAUUUUCAGGAGGAGCUGGAGGUUGACCGGGUAGCCAGGAGCCUCUAUCCUGAGGAUGCCCCAAGUAACAUGCUGCCCCUGGUUUGCAAAGGUGAGGGGAACCACCUCUUUGAGGCUGCCAGUGUGCUGCUCUGGGGCAACUCCAGCCUCAGCCUGGAGCUGCAGGUGCGUACGGUGGUGGAGAUGCUGCUACACAAGCAAUACUACUUGAAUGGCAUGAUUGACUCCAAGGUCAUGCUGCAGGCUGCCCGCUACUCCCUCUGCACUGAGGAGACCCCAGAGAUGACCAGUCUCCCUAUGGCUAUCCUGGAAGCCAUUUUUGAUGCUGAUAUCAAAGCUACCUGUUUUCCUGGCACUUUUGCCAACAUGUGGCAUGUCUAUGCUCUUGCCUCAGUACUGCAGUGUAACAUCUACUCUAUCUACCCUAUGAGCAACUUGAAGAUCCGGCCCUAUUUCAACCGGCUUAUCCGACCCAGGAGGUGUGGCCCGCGAACCUCCACUCUUCACAUCAUGUGGUCAGGGCAGCAGCUCUCCCGGCAGGUCUUCAAAGCGCAGUACUUUGUGGCUGUGGUUGGCCUGGAAGAGCUAGAACCCACAGUGCCUUCACCAGAGCCUCCUGUCCAGCCCAUGAAGACCCUUGAGCUGCUGAACAGUGACCCCCAGCUCACCUACUCCAACCUGCGUGACCGAUACAGCAUUACCAAGAGCACCUUCUACCGCUGGAAGCGCCAGUCUCGUGAGCACCGUCAGAAAGCGGCUGCCAGGUUUGCAGCUAAACACUUCCUCCAGUCCUGCUUUCAGGAGGGCAAUAUAAUCCCCCUCCAGCGUUUCCGGCAAAUGUUUCCUGAAAUCUCCCGAUCCACGUACUAUGCCUGGAAGCAUGAGAUGCAGAGCAUGGUCAAUGGUGAUGCCUCUGCUCUGACUGAGGCCCAUGCGAUGCAGGAGCUUCACAGGGAUGUCCCCAGAAAGGCUGAUGUGGAUGAGCCAGCAAAUUCACGGGGGAGCUUAAGAUCCCCAAGUCCUUCUUUAGACCCCAUCCAAGCAGGAAUCUUCAUGCAAGGAGCCAAAUCCUAUCUGGAGAAAUGCAUUUCCAUGAACACUCUGGUGCCUUACCGGUGCUUCAAGCGCAGCUUUCCUGGCAUCUCCAGGUCCACUUACUACAACUGGCGAAGAAAAGCCAUCAAGGAGAACCCCAACUUCAAACCCCCGCAGUCUCCCUUGGAUAACCAGAAACCUCUAGAGAUGGGAAAGCCAUUCCUGCAGUUGAAGCCCAGCAGUGUGCCUGUUAGGAAGAGGCUGAAUGGAGACCGGUCAGCACCCAGGAGUCUCCUGCAGCUCAAGCCCUCUCUCAGCUGGAGAAAGCAGCUGCGGGAUGUGGCCAGGAGGCAGGUCCAGCAAUGGCGGCUGCCCUUCUGCAAGUACCGCCUGCGCUACCCAUCUCUCUCCUCCACAGCCUACUGGUUUUGGAAGGGCAGUGGCCAGGCUGUUGGGCAGCAUUGCCUGCCCUGGGCCAGCUCUGGCCAGCCAUUGAACCGAGUGGCUUCCCCGGCACCUCCGAGAGUGGAGCCAGGCCUUAAGCCCCAGUGCCACAUGGAGGUAGCUACCAAGCACCUAGAUAAGCCAGUAACAGCCAUGCCAUACAACACCAUUUCAGGCUAUGCCAUGUCGGAGAGAGCCAACAGCCGGAUGUUUGUGAUGGAUGUGAUUGCCACUGCCCAGUUCAAGGCACAGGCCAAGCUGUUCCUGCAGCAGCGCUUCGAGUCGAAGACCUUCCCCACCUACAAGGAGUUCAGUGCCCGUUUCCCACUCACAGCCCGUUCCACCUAUUACAUGUGGAAGCGUGCUCUGCAUGAUGGGCUGACGCUCGUGGAUGCCUGA